ACCCCUUUCACAUUGUUCUCUCUUCUUUUGUGCUAUACAAUCUCCAAGCAUUUCUCUCUUCCAAACUACUGAAGCAAAUAUGGCUGACCUUAUUCUUGGUCCUCUUGUGGAUGUCACAAUAUCCAAGGUGAUUUCAGUUACUACCAAGCAACUCAACUUAGCAGUGGGAUUCAAGCAGGAGCUCAAGAAGUUUCGUGUGGUGCUGAGCAUGGUAAGGGGCGUGCUGCAAGAUGCAGAAGAGAAGAAGGUGACGGGUUACUCUGAUCAGCAACCUUGGCUUAAGGAGCUUGGAAAUAUAGUUGAUGAAGCUGACAAUGUGGUAGAUGAGAUUGCAUAUGAACAUCUAAGGUACAAGGUGGCUCAAAAACAAAUGUGGAAAAAGGUCAGCUAUUUCUUUACUCUUUCUAAUCCUUUAGCUUUUCGCCUUAAGAUAGCUAACAGGAUUAAGGAUUUGAAUCUAGCUAGCCUUAAUGAUUGGGCCACUAGACUAGGGCUUCAACAUAGACUUGCAAACAAGCUUCCUGACCAUGUAGGAAUCCAACAGACAAAUUCAUCACUUGGUGAUCCAUCGGAAAUUGUAGGAAGAGGAAAAAAAGUCCAAGAGGUAGUUCGGUUGUUGAUUGAUUCAAGUGAUGAUCAACGUCUCCCUGUUGUAUCCAUAGUUGGUAUGGGAGGCAUAGGCAAAACUAGUGUACAACAUGUACCAAAAAAAAAACUAGUGUACAACAAUGAGCUGACAGAGAAACAUUUUCACAAAAAAAUGUGGGUUUGUGUUUCUGAAAAUUUUGAUGAGAAACAAAUAUUAGCAAUGAUGCUGAAACCUCUCAUCACUAAUGAGAAUGAUCAUGUGGAUUUUGAAAAUCAAGAAGCUGUAGUUCAGAAACUUAAAAAAAUGCUUGAGGAGAAAAACUAUCUCCUCAUUCUAGAUGAUGUAUGGAAUGAAGAAAAGCCAAAAUGGGAUAACUUAAGAAAUUGUUUGUUGGGAAUAGGACAAAGGGGUGGGAGUAGGGUUCUUGUCACAACUAGAAUUGAGAAAGUAGAUUCCAUAAUGGGAACCAAGCACGUGCAUCUUGACAAGCUAACAUAUGAGAAUUGUUGGUCUAUUAUCAAGCUUAGAGCAUUUGGCAACUCUCCUAAUUCUUUGGAAUUGAAGGAAUUGGAGACUAUUGGAUUGAACAUUGCUGAGAAAUACUUUGCCAUAGAAAAGGAGAUGUUAAUCCAGCUCUGGAUGGGUGAAGGAUAUCCUCAACCGUCUAGAAAAAGCAACAAGGAGAUGGAAGAUAUUGGUGGCAAGUAUUUUAAUGACUUGUUCUCAUACCCCUUAUUUCAAGAUGCAGAAAAAGACUCUUAUGGUAGUAUUAUUGCUUGCAAAAUGCAUGAUUUAAUACAUGAUCUAGCACAAUCUGUUUCAGAGUCUCAAACGGUGAUCUUGGAGGAUGGUAGUAGUAGUGAUAUUCCUGUAGACAUUAGGCAUUUAAAUCUCAUUUCUAAGAAGGGUAUGGCAGCACUGGAAAUAGGGGAACUGCGUACCUUGUUUUCACGAGUUCAUGUCUUUCAAAAUAAGCUUGGAAACUUCAGAAAGAAUGGAGCUACUUACUCCGGUUGCCAUAGCCGGUGCCACUCUGUCGAUCCUCUGAUUAAACUCUGCUCUACUCCUCCCGUGAAUAGUUGGCCACCGAUGCUCACGGGUUUGCACUUUACAGGAGCAACCCAAAAAAAAGAUGCCUCUUUUUGUCAUAGCAGUGCGGUCUUCAGCAAGGAAGGUAUAUGAGCUGAUGAUUUAGGGAGGUAGUUUAGGAAUGGUCGGGUUAAUUAGGGAGUUUUAAGGAAGAAUGAACCUCCCCUGCUAUGUGUAAGGUGUUAUCAUGAUUUGCAUCAUUCCUCACUAUUGGACCAAUAGUGUAAUUAUUUUUUCUUGUCAGUGCCAUUUCACCAGUCAAAAUUAACAGAAUUGUUAACU